CAAUACCCACACACCACUCCAACCCAACGGCACCUCCACUCUCCACCAGGCCCCCUGGCUUCCCCGCCGCGAUAACCUUCUGCUUCGCCUUCUCCACCAUUUGACCCGUGAUUUUGGCUGCUGGCGGCUCCCGGUGGUGUUGAAAAAUUGUGUUAUUGUCUUUGACGAGUUUGCGGGGAAAAGAAGUUUACAGGUAAUUGAAAUGAAUAAGCUAAUAGAGUUCGGGAGGAAAGCGAUGUUCUAUGUUAGGGUCCUUUCGGGCUACGAGGAGCGACGAAUUCGAUCUUACCGGUUGCAGCUUCAACAACGCCUCCAAAAGGCCCAAGAAAGGAAGGAAGCUUUGAAACAGGUUCCUGAGCAAAUAAUUUUGUCUGAAGUCAAGCGAAUGGUGGAAGAUAUGCAGGCAUUGAAUAAGAAGCUUGAAGAAACAGAGGCUGCCAUUGAAGAUUAUUUCAAGCCAAUCGACAAACAGGCAGAUAUUAUCAUGAAAAUGCAGCUCGAAGGAGAAGAGAGAAAAAUGAAGGAUAUGAUGCGUGCCAUGCAACAGCAGGCUUUACUAGAGAAGGCUGAAGCCGAAAAAACUGCACCUGGUCAAACUACAGACAUAAAUCAACAAACGGAGGAGAAACAGCCUGCAAAACCAUCUCAUGCUGAACUGAGAUGAUUUGAUAUGCCUCUUUUGUAAUUUCUUUAAUAGACUUAAAAGUAAAAGUUUUUGGCCUCCUUUUUCAAAUCUCUGUCGCCUGCUUGUAUAUUUUUAUAUGAAUUGGCUGUGGUAUUUAAAAAAGAAAGAAAGAAAGAAAGAGAUUUUCAUUACCCAGCUUGAAUAAUAUAGGUGCCUAUCUUGUGUACCGUUGAUGUUAGAACCCUUAAAGAACAAUUACUCAUUAGUAUGAACUGCACGUUAUUCCUCGCUUAAAAUGAUCGAUCUUGUUCAGUGUGGGAUUGAUGAAUACAAUUUCUGGUUCCUGACCUGAUUA